AUGUACUUUGACACGAUUCUGGAGCUAGAGGUUGAGGUUCAUGACUUCUACUUUGAAAGGAGUUUACCGAUCACAGUGCAUCUUUCUAUCAGAACAGCAGAUACAAAUGCUCCCCGGGUUUCAUGGAAUACAGGCCUCAACCUCCUGGAAGGACAAUCCCGACCGAUCACAUGGCAACACUUCCAAAUUGUAGACAAUGAUGACAUCCAAAAUGUUCGCUUGGUCACAGUUGACGGCUUACAACAUGGGCGGCUCACCGUGAGAGGAGGGAAAGGAUUCAUGUUCACAGUCUCUGACAUUCAGGCUGGAGUUGUUUACUACCAUCAUGAUGACAGUGAUUCUACUAAGGAUUUUGUGGUGUUUAGGAUUUUUGAUGGCUCCCACAGUAUUCGCCAUAAGUUUCCAAUCAAUAUCCUACCUAAAGAUGACAGCCCUCCAUUUCUGAUCAGUAAUGUGAUAAUUGAGGUUCAUGAGGGACAGAUGAUCCUGAUCCAGGGCUCCAUGCUUCAAGCUUCUGACAUGGAUUCCAGUGAUGACUACAUAGUAUUCAACAUUACCAAGCCACCACAGGCUGGAGAAAUCAUGAAGAAACCGGGGCCAAACUUAAUAGGAUAUCCUGUCAGCAGUUUUCUUCAGAGGGACCUGUUUAAUGGAAUAAUUUAUUAUCAUCAUUUGGGAGGAGAAGUAUUUGAAGACUCCCUGGAGUUCGUGCUGUGUGAUAGCCAUGACCCUCCCAAUCUCUCAGAGCCACAGGUGAUGAUGGUGCAAAUUAUCCCUGUGGAUGAUCAGCUACCCAGAGAAGCCCCAGGAGUGACCCGUCACCUAGUUGUUAAGGAGACUGAGAUUGCUCACCUCACUAAGAAACAUCUUCACUUCAUAGACGUGGAAGAGCAAGACAGGGAACUCACAUACACCAUAACCACUUCCCCAUUUUUCUCUUGCAUGCAUGGCCACUCAGAUGCUGGGAAGCUGUUUAUGGUGGACACCAUCCCCAAACUGGUGAAGGAUCCUGCUGCUCUUGCACUGAGGUCAUUUACUCAGCAUGCUGUCAACUAUAUGAAAAUUGCUUAUAUGCCCCCACUUCAGGACAUUGGUCCUGAACCUCAGCAAGUGAAGUUUGUUUUUUCUGUCAGCAAUCAGCAUGGUGGCACUUUAUAUGGGAUCUGCUUCAAUAUUACAAUUCUUCCUGUGGACAACCAAGCCCCAAAGGUUUUUACAAGCCACUUGAGAGUGGAAGAGGGUGGCCUGAGCCCUGUCACGGAGGGGCACAUUCUCAUCUCUGACGUGGACACAAAACAGGAGCAUCUCUUCCUCCUCCUGCAGCGACAGCCUCAGCAUGGGGUGGUGGAGCUGGAUAGUGUUCCCAUGAGUGAAGGUGACAGGUUUUCCUGUGCGGACCUGCGUACCCUGGCAGUCAGGUAUCGGCAUGAUGGCUCUGAGACACUUAGUGAUGAAAUCCUCUUUGCAGCCACAGACAGUGUCCACUCUGUAGAGUUCAUCCUGCAGGUCAAGGUGUUGCCUGUGAAUGAUGAGCGACCCAUUUUGCGAACAGGCCUCGUCCCUGUGGUACACUGCCCAGAGGGCGAAGAAGUGGUCCUCUCCUCCGAGUACAUUUAUGCCACAGAUGCAGACAGCGAUGACAUGAAACUGAUGUUUAUGAUGGUUCGCCAGCCCUACCAUGGGGUGGUGAGGAAAGCUGGCAUAACUGUGGAGCGUUUCUCCCAGGCUGAUAUCAUCUCUGGUUUAGUCACAUAUAAGCAUACUGGUGGGGAGAUUGGCCUGACUCCUUCCUUUGAGAUCUUAACCUUUAUUGUUUCUGAUGGUGAAGCUGGCCCAGAUGUGAAAGACUGCUGUUACGAUAGACCUCUUCCUCCUCCAGUUCCACUCCAUGAUCCAUUCCCAGUAUAUGACCUUAACAUCACUAUACUCCCAGUGGACAACCAGCCACCAUCCAUUGCAACUGGUGCAAGGUUUGUGGUGGAGGAGGGCUCCUCAGCAGCCCUUACCACUAACCAUUUGUUUGCCACUGACCCUGACACCACUGCUGAUGACUUAGAGUUUGUCUUGGUUUCUCCUCCCCAGUUUGGUUACAUUGAAAAUAUACUGCCUUCUCCUGGGUUUGAGAAGAGCAACAUUGGUAUAAGCAUAGCUUCCUUUCAGCUGAAGCACCUGAAAGCCCUGAACAUAAACUAUGUACAAGCCAGGCACAUGCGAAUGGAGCCAACAACAGACCACUUUGUACUUUACGUCACCGAUGGGCUGCAUCACUCAGCAGAGACCCCAUUUUUCGUGUUGAUUAGCCCAACCAAUGAUGAAGUUCCAGAAUUCAUAGCAAGAAAUAUCACUGUUCAAGAGGGUGAGAUGAAAGAGCUGAAUCUCUCUGUUAUCAAUGCAGUUGAUCUGGAUGUGCCUCAAGACCACUUGGUGUUUGGGGUUGUGCAGAAGCCCUUGCAUGGUUUCCUCAUUAAUGGAGUUCAUGGCCAUGAUACUCUACAUUACAAAGAGUUAAUUCACCACCACAGCCAUGGGUUGCUUGUUCAUGACUUUUCUAUGGAUCUACUGAAGAAUGGAAUGAAGCUGAUGUACAUGCAUGACAAUUCUGAAAACCUCACUGACAGCUUUAAAAUCCAGCUCUCAGAUGGGAAACAUAAAGUCCUCAGAACCAUUUCAGUAAAGGUCAUCCCAGUUAAUGAUGAGAAACCAGUGCUAAGCAAGAAGGAUGAUAUAGAGGUGAACAUGGGUGAAACUCGAAUAAUUUCUAGUGCUGUUCUGUCAGCUGAAGAUAAAGAUACCCCCAGGGACAGAAUUUACUACUUAUUUGAAAGACUACCAGAAAAUGGCCAGCUUCAGCUCAAGGUAGGCAGAGACUGGGUGACUCUCCAAACCAGAAUGAAGUGUACACAGGAAGAACUGGAUAUGAACCUUGUAAGAUACGUCCAUACAGGAACUAUAGGGUCCAAGAACCAAGACUGGUUCACUUUUUAUCUGUGGGAUGGGUACAACAGAUCCCCAGCUAUAGACUUCUACAUAAAUAUCAAGGACAUGGAAAAGGGAGACAUUGCUGUUUUCAUAAAACCUCUCAAAGUACCUAAAGGGGAUCGGGGUUACAUUACAACCGACGUCCUGCUUGCACUGGAUGGUACUGACAAGCCAGAGGAGCUGCUGUAUGUGAUAACUUCCCCACCCCAGUAUGGACAAAUAGAGUAUGUCAGCCACCCUGGAAUCCCCAUAACAAGCUUCAGUCAAAUGGACAUAGCAAGACAAAUAGUCUGCUAUGUUCACAACACUAAGGCAGCUGUAACAGAAGAUACACUGAGAUUCAUCAUCAGCAAUGGACUGAGGACUAAGCAUGGGACAUUCAUGAUCUCCUUGGAGGCAGUUGACCAAGCUUUGCCAACAUUAUCUAGGAACAUGGGGUUAAGAUUAGUGGAAGGUGCUAUGGUACUCCUUUCUCCCGAUGUCCUGCAGCUUUCAGAUCCAGACACCGCUAAUGAAGACCUUACCUUCCUCUUGGCUCAGCUCCCCCAAUAUGGUCAUCUCUAUUAUCAAGGGGCUGUGCUACUACAGUACAAUUUCACUCAGAGAGAUGUGGACAACAUGGAUGUUGCAUACAAGCACCGAGGUGGGGAUUCCCAGAUUGACAGAUUUACAUUUGUUGCAACAGAUAGAACUAAUCAAGGCUUCAUCGUGAAUGGGAGGGUGCAGAUCGAGCCAGUGGCAUUCACCAUUCAGGUGGAUCAUUUGGACAAAAUGGCACCAAAAAUUGUUCACCUCCACUGCUGUUCUGAUGUGGAACUGCUGAAGAAUGGUAAUUAUGGCAUCUAUAUUACUGCCAGGUCCCUGAAGGCAUCUGAUCCCAAUACAGAGGAUGACAAAAUAAUUUUUAAGAUUUUACGAGGUCCUCGUUAUGGCUACUUGGAAAAUGUAAAAACAGGUGGAUUUAUCCAUGAAGGGUUUAGCCAAAAGGAUGUUAAUAGCAAAACCAUACUUUAUGUCAUCAGUUCAUCGUGGGAAAUGAAUUCAGACAACUUUGAGUUUCAGGUCACAGAUCCCAGUGGAAAUUCAGCGGUUCCCCAAAUGCUGGAGUUGCAGUGGUCUCGGAUUGAAAUGCAGCAGACUGAGUAUGAGGUGUGCGAGAAUGUGGGGAUGCUGUCCCUGAAAAUCACCAGGGCAGGAUACUCUGCCGACUCUGCCUUCAUCGCGGUGAAGGUCAAUGAAAUAUCUGCCGUGCUGGGGAAGGACUUCACAGUGACUCCCUCCAAACUUGUUCAGUUUGAUCCAGGAAUGUCAACCAAGAUGUGGAAUAUUGCAAUUACACAUGAUGGAUUAGAGGAAGAUGAUGAAGUCUUUGAAGUAGUUCUGAACUCCCCUGUGAAUGCUGUUCUUGGCACCAGGACAAAAGCUGUAGUGAAAAUUUUGGACUCAAAAGGAGGUCAGUGCAGCUCAUUGCAUUCUUCUGGCCAAAGCAAGCAUGACUUCUGGAGCAGAGGCACACUGUUUGCAGUUUCCUCAGGCUCCUCAUCACCUUCCAGGCCUGGCAGCAUUCACUUGGAAGGGAUCCCACCACCUCCUUCCAAAGGGACGAGAGAGCAUAGAGGGGACACGCUGCAGGAGCACAGCUCGGUGAAUCAGUCAAGGACCAGGCUGAGAGUGAUAGGAAAUGGCAGAAUAGUUCAUCCUUCAACUGUAUUUAGAAAUGGAACUGAUGUAUUUUUCAAAUAUCAUGGGAUGGUAUCACUCAAAAUGGAGGAUGACACCUCAUCAGCUAAAGCAAACAAGAAGGCUGAAGUGUCAGUAAUUAACCAAGCACAAACACAGAUAAAUGUCGUCUCCUCUAGGAAGACAGAAAUCCCACAAGCUGAUAAAGCAGAACUGGCAUCUGAACCAAGCUCAAGCCAUGAAGACUUCAACUCCUUUCCAAAGGCUUGUACACCAGAUUUGAAGGGGCUCUUGCACUAUGAAGAGAGCACUCAGAAGUUAUUUCAGUGUGAUGGGAUAAUAUGGAAAUUCUGGAGUUCCCAAAGCAAGGAGGUGAGCACAAAAAAAUGUCCCUCUGGAUGGAGCCAUCAUGAUGGGAACUGCUAUUUCCUGGUAGUGAAUCACAAGGUCACCUGGAAUACUGCUGCUCGGGCUUGCAGAGAACAAUACCAGGGGAGUCUAGCAAGUGUGGCUAAUGAACAACACAUGCAGUGGCUGUGGGACUUCAGUGGGAGGAAGCCUUUUUGGAUAGGCUUGAAUGACCAAGUCAAUCCUGGACAUUGGGAGUGGAAUGGAGGAGAGCCUGUCACAUACGUAAACUGGAGAAGAGGCUUCUAUCACUUUCCAAAGAGAGGCAACAAUUGUGUAUUAGUGCAGAAGAGAGGAAAAUGGCAAGUAACUGACUGCAGGAAGGUCAAACGGAACAGCUAUGUAUGUUCAAGAAAGCUGUAAAGAAUAGAGGAUCCCUAUGAAAGCACGCGAAUAUUCCUUUUGUUUCAGUCUAUUUAUCUGCUGAUGUGUGACGGUAUGCAGACAGAAAACUAUCUUAAUUAUCACUGAGGUUUUAUUUUAUGCUGCCAGAGAUGCAGAUGCAUUGGACUCCAAACAAGAAAUAGAGGUCAGUUGCAAACAGUAAUUCCAGGUCAAGGCUUUGAACUCUCCCCAGAGACUUUGAUCUGUCACUUUUCGUUUGUAUUUUCACACCAAAGAGCCAGGCCUGAUAGCUUUCAUCAAAUUUCUGCAUAAACAUAUAUAUAGAUGUAUUUUUAAUAAUAAUAAAAAAGAAGAAAGUAGCACAUCAGUUGAUUUGCUUCGCUCUUAAGGAGUGAUUGUGAAUUGGCUAUUGGUUUAAUUCAUUUGCAAUAAAAACAGCAGUUUUACCCUG